AUGGGGCUUAAUAUUUGGAGACACAGUGGAUUUCUUGGAAAAAUGACAGUUAGAGAGGGAAUGGAGAUUUUAGGGGUGGCAUCGCUUAGCAGAGCAGCUGUGUAUGAAAACUACCGCAGACUCCUGCGGGGAAACCAUCCGGAUGCAGGGGGAAGUGAAUAUUUAGCGCAGAAAAUUAAUGAAGCUCGGGACAUUUUAUUAAAACAAGCGAAGUAG